GACAUUUCUUUUUUAUCCCCCCCUCAAGUAAGUAGGAUAGCACAGUAGUCAGUGGUACUGUUAGAUAUUAGUGUAGUAAACCACCUGCAGUUUAACCCAGCUAUGGCUAUGAGUGUGAGCGCUAAUAUAGUGAUAAUAGGAUCCGGGAUAUCAGGAGUAGCAGCCGCACACAGGCUCCUUAACGCCGGGUUUCAGCAUGUGCGGGUACUUGAAGCGACUGCACGAAGCGGAGGACGAAUAAAAACAGGCAAACUGGGUGAUAAUAUUGUUGAGAUCGGAGCAAACUGGAUCCACGGACCAUGCGAAGAGAACCCGGUGUUCUGUCUGGCUCAGACGUACGGGCUCCUGGAUCCAGAGGCCCUCACCCCGGAGAACCAGGCCAUGGACGUUGGAGGACAUCCCCCCUGGGUUCCUAACUACUACACCAGUUCAGGUCGGAAGCUGAAUGCCGAGGACAUGAAUCCUGCUAAGGAGAUGUUUGCUGAGCUGCUGAUUGAAAGUUCAAAAUUUCAGAGUCAAGGAGGAGAACCCUGUGCCAGCGUGGGAGAUUUCAUACGGUCAGAGAUGCAUCAACGAGCAGCAGAGAAGUGGAAAGAAUCUGAUGCAGCCACCAGAUCUCUGCGGCUGUGUGCGAUCACUAACAUGUUGAAGGUGGAGUGCUGUGUUAAUGGGUCUCACAGCAUGGAUGAGGUGGGCCUAGGGGCCUUUGGCUUAUAUGAGACUCUACCUGGACUGGACUGUACAUUCCUAGGUGGCUAUGAAGGUUUAAUCAAAAACUUGAUGUCGGAGCUCCCCAGCGGUCUAGUGACCUACAAUCAGCCUGUGCGCUGCGUCCACUGGAACAACACAGAGCAGAAACAAAACCCUGUGAUCAUUGAGUGUGAUGCUGGGGAAAGGAUCGCUGCGGAUCAUGUUAUUGUAACAGUUCCUCUAGGAUACCUUAAGAAGCACCAUUCAGCCCUAUUCCGUCCUCCUCUCCCUCUACACAAGCUGCACUCCGUCCAGAGACUGGGUUUUGGAACAAACAAUAAAAUAUUUGUGGAGUUUGAUUCACCGUGGUGGGAUGCUGACUGUGAAGUCAUCCAUCUCCUGUGGGAAGACGAGGAUGUCAUGGUGGACAAGGUGCCAGAUGUACAGAGAUCGUGGAUAAAGAAGCUGUUUGGGUUCACUGUGCUCAAGCCCACUGAGAGGUAUGGCCAUGUUCUGUGUGGCUGGAUUGCCGGACACGAGUCAGAGUAUAUGGAGACCGUGUCUGAACAGGAGGUCACGCAAAACGUCACACAACUCAUCCGCAGGUUUACAGGGAACCCGACCAUCACACCGAGGAGAAUCCUACGCUCACAGUGGUUUCAUGACCCCUGGACGUGCGGAUCUUACAGUUACCCUGGAAAAGGCUGUUCAGUUCAGGACCUGGAGAACAUGAUGGAACCCCUGCCGACAAAAGGAUCACAAGCACAACCCUUGCAGGUGUUGUUUGCUGGUGAAGCCACUCAUCCCUGCUACUACUCAACGGUCCAUGGAGCUCUUCUCACCGGGUGGAGAGAAGCUGAUCGACUCAUCUCUCACUACUCCUCCAUCAGCCCAUCUGAGCUGCACAAGUCAAAGCUUUAACAGAACAAUGCUGCUAUGAGAUAAAGAGAUUUAUCAGAUUUGUUGCCAAAAUCUGCCACUGUUGUUUAUUUAAAUCAGUCACCUAAAAUCUCCUUUCAGAUCUUGUAACAGCACUGAUUUCAGUGCAUUGAAAUAAUGUCAACUUGGAAAGGCAAUAUACGCAAGUGAUCAAUACAGUUAUAUUUUCAUUAAAUAUAUAAUUGAUACAGCUUUAAAUAUUAACCGAUGAAAGGUCUGUUUGUAUAUUUUAGUAAAGAAAAAGGAAUGAACUUGAAAUGUAAUUACACAUGUUAUAAACCUGUUUACGAAUCAGCUUAAUAUCAAAUGCAGUUUCAAGAAUUAAUAGUGAUUUUGUAACUGCACUGUCUUGAUUUAAGACUUAAUUCCAUACAGUCUUCAACUUCCCCUGUUGGUAAUCUAAUUAUUGAUUAUGGGUCAUAUAUAUCUUUAAUAGAUUAUAAAUGUAUUAGUACAUUAUUUUAACUGUUCUUUUUUAAGUCAAUUAGUGAAUUAAAUAUUUUAUAAAGUUCUAA